ACUAUUCAUUUACUUAUUAUUUAAAAAAUGGCUUCUCCUGUUCCCUCUUUUGAUUCUCUCGACCAAAUCUACGAUCCCACUGCUCUCGCUAAGCAAGGUGAGCGUUACAACAAACUUAUUGAACAAUUUGAAAACACACAUGGUCGCAAGGCCGAGUUUGUCGUUCGUUCUCCCGGUCGUGUCAACUUGAUCGGUGAGCAUAUCGAUUACUGUGGUUUCGGUGUCCUUCCUAUGGCUAUUGAGCGUGAUGUAAUCAUUGUCGGUGCCACCACUGAAGAUGACACAAAGGUUCGCGUUGCUAACUCCAACAAUGCCAAGUACCCCACCAGAGAAUUCGACUAUGAGGGUAAGGAAAAGGUUGUUACUAUCGAUUCAUCCAUGUUGGAAUGGUCCAACUACUUCAAGUGUGGUUAUAAGGGUAUGCUCGAAAAGUUCCAAUUGGAUAAGCCCAAGGGUCUCUUCUUGCUCGUUGACGGUACUGUUCCCGCUGGUGGUGGACUUUCCUCUUCUGCUGCAUUCGUUUGUGCAUCCGCCCUUGCCGUGGUCACUGCAAAUGAAUUGACCAUUUCAAAGACCGAACUCACUGAAAUUGCCAUUGUUGCUGAACGUAACGUCGGUGUCAACUCUGGUGGUAUGGAUCAAAGUGCUUCUGUCCUCUCUGAAAAGGAUUAUGCUCUCCAUGUUGAAUUUGUCCCCAAGUUGCAUACCUCUCUUGUUCCUUUGCCCAAGACUUCUCCCAAGUUAGCCUUCAUCAUUGCCAACACCUUGGUUACCGCCGAUAAGUUUGUCACUGCUCCUCGUAACUAUAACCUCCGUGUUGUCGAAACCCGCAUGGCGGCUCUCUAUCUCUCCAAGGUUCUUAACUUACCCUCUGUUGAUUCUCUCAAGGAAGUUUAUGAUCUUUACUACAAGGAUUCUACCCUUAACGAAGUUGAAAAGUUCUCUGACCUCCUUUCUAAGGCCAUUGAACAAUUCCCCAGUGACAACACCAAUGGUAACGGUUAUACCCUUCAAGAAGUUUCUGACAUGCUUGAUAUCUCUGUCAACGAGCUCAAUGAAAAGUACAUGACUCGUUUCCCUGUUGAAACUGAUUAUUUCCGUCUUGUUCAACGUACCAAGCAUGUUCUUUCUGAGGCUUCUCGUGUCAUUGAAUUCCAUAAGGCCUGUGAGUCUUCCGACUCUAGCUUAAAGGUUUUAGGUGACCUCAUGAAUGCUUCUCAAGACUCUUGUCGUGAUUUGUUCAUGUGCUCUUGUCCCGAGAUUGAUCAAGUCUGUGAAAUUGCUCGCAAAAACGGUUCUUUCGGUUCAAGACUUAGUGGUGCUGGUUGGGGUGGAAGUACUGUCCAUUUGACCACUGAAGAUAACGUUGCCAACUUGAUCUCUGCUAUCAAGAACGACUUUUAUCGUAAGGUCUAUCCCAACAUCACCGAAGAAGAGUUAGAUGAUGCUAUCAUCUCUACUAAGCCUUGUGGUGGUGCUGCCAGAUUCACUGGUUUCUAAUCAGUGUAGCAUACAUUCAUAAUUUUUCCCCCUCCUCCCCCCUUGUUCAUAUAUCACUUGUUAAAUACACGUUAUUAAUUCAAAAAUAAAUUUUUGUUAUCAUCUAAAAUAC